GCUAUAAAAUUUAGGAUAUGGCAGAAAUUUCGAAUUCUACUGUGUUUACAAACGAUGCAUCUUCUACUGGUGCUUCCGAUUUGCUCCAACAAGCGUUCCAACAAGUUGUUGAUGAUGACGAUCAUGAUAAUGAAUUUGUUGCAUUUUUACAAAAUGAUGACAAUGAUUCUCAAACUAUUCACUUAACUCCGGAACAAGCAGCCGCCUUAGGAUUAACCUUCGAGGUAAACUCGAAUGAAGAGGUUAUAUAUCAACAAGAUCAAGAUAAUACUACUUCAAACAUACCAGAAAAUGUUUCUACAAAAGAUAAUAUUAAUGUACAGGACCAAAAUUCGUUAUCUUCUCAGGAAUCUAUAACAAUCGAUCAAUUAAAUUAUCAACCCGAAGAAGUACAAAAGUCCAGUGGCACUGGGUUGAUUAAAACAGAGUGUAUUGAUUUUCAAGAUUGGCAUAUGCAGAAAGUUUCUGAAGCAGAACAACUUCAAGAUCAAAUAGUUGAGAAUGAUAUAUCAAUAGAAGAAAUGAACUUAAAUAGUCAAAGCCAUGAAUCUCAACAAAUAAUUGAACAUCAUAAUAAUAUAAUACAUCAAAGUUCAGCUACACAGACAAUAGUUUUGGAGCAGCCUAAAGUACAUACAAUAAAAGCAGAUGUUACGCAUGUAAAAAAUAUUCAUGAAAAUGAUUUGCAAUAUACUAUUGAAGAUAAUAUUGCACAAAGUCAACUUAAUACAAUACCUAAUACACAAGCGCAAAUCUUACAAAAACUACCUGUGAUUUUACCAUCUUCACAAUUUAUUAUAAAACCUGCACAAACUAUAUUGAAACCAGCUAAAAAUAUUAGAUUACUUCAAAGUUCUAAUAAACUCACUAAUACAACUGUUAAUUCUAUUAAUGCUGUGCAUUCACUUAAUACUAAUUCAAACCCUAAUUCUGUACUUCUUUCAAAGGCUACAAUAUUAAAUAAUUUAUCACCACAAAUAAUUAAAGCUACACCUAUAACAGCUCAGCUGUUAAAUACCAGUGGAAUAUCUGCACAAUUGUUAAAUCAUUCUCAGCUUUUAACUGGUACUUGUGAAAUACAAGGUCAAUCUGUUGGUACACCACAUAUUUCAAAUACGAUAGUAAAUACAACAUCUGGAGCAACACAAAAUCUUGUUACUUCACAAAUACGUUUAUCUCCAAUUGUAAAAACAUCGCAACCUCUUCAAAGAGGAAAUGUGCAACAGUUUUUAACUCCAGUGUUAAAAAGUGCAUCAACUGUGCUUCCAAAGACUAAUCAGAUUCUUAAUAAUACUAAUGUGGCUACAGCUAUUCCUGCACAAUUUUUGAAGUCAGUACAAAUCCCUCCUCAGUUACUUAAAACUAGAACUACAAUUGGCAAAAAAACUACAGGUACAAUUGGAACACCAAAAACUACAGCUAAUUCUGAUACACCAGUUGUACUUCGAACUGCAUCGAUUGUUAAGACACAAGAUUUAAAAACAACAACAACAAAUUCUACAUCUAUUUUAAAACCAACUCAAAUUUCUUCAACACCUAUAUCUAUUUUAAAACCUCAAGCAAAAAUUGCAUUUAAUAAUACAACUAAACAAAAUGUAACUCUUGCAACUCAAAAUGUUGCCAACAUUUCAAGUAAUUCACAAAACACUUCACAAAAGACACAACAGAGCAGUACAUUUGAAUCUGCUAAAUCAGUUCAGGGUGAAACUAUUAGACAAAAACUUAAUCUUGUAGUAAAUGGCACAAAUCUUAAAGUGAAUAAAAAAAGUAAAGGAACUCCUAUUAAAUCCACAACAAUAGCAAAUGAAUCUACAGAUGCAUCCAAACCAUUAGGUUCUAGUGAAAAUCCAAUACAAAUAGUUCAGCAAGGUCAAACAUUUCAUAGUAUGCAACGUCUAACACCAACACAAUUGAAACAAAUUGCACAUGUUUUGCAACAACGCAGUCAAGAAGCAACUACAUCAAAUGAAAGAGUAGUAUAUAGAGUUGUAUUUCCUGAAGAAUUAGAUUUACAAAUUAGAAAUCCAGGAAACUUAUUAAAAAAUCGAGGUGGAAAAAGAGGUAGACCAAAAAAAAGUGCUAUCAGACCUUCUUUACUUCCACCUAAAUUGCCUCCAAUUCCUGAUGAAGAACAGGAAGAAUUAAAGGAUGAAAGGAAAAAAGUUGUAGCCAGAACACGAUCUGGAAGACUUUCUCGACCUCCUAGACAUAUGGUACGAGAUUAUAAACAUUUACAUCAUUUAGACUUUUUGCAACCUGAUUUAGAUGAUUCAGAUGGUGGCUAUAGUGAUUAUAAUACUAAUAAUGAUAAACUUGAGGAAGAAGAAUCACCUAAAGAGUUAUUAACAGGACUGGAAGUACCAAAAAGAAAAAUAUCAGAUCAUUUCAGAUGUCCUACAUGUAAUAAAAUAUAUUUAGGACGUACUCGUAUGGCAAGGCAUUUUGAAAUGCAUCCUGAUCAUGGAAGUCCUGAGCAACUACCUCCACCAACACCUGAACCUGAAUUAAAACAAAAUGGGGGACAAGAUCCUUUAAAACGUAAAGGAAAAAAGCGAGGUCCUUGGGCUUAUGUUACACCAGAAGCUAAAUCGGAAAGACGUCAAAUAAAAUUACAGGAAGCUAUUUCCGUAUGUGAAGAUCUCGAAAUAAUUAAAAUAGCUGCAAAACCGGUACUUAACGCACAAUCAUUGUUUGAUUUAUUAGUACUAAAGUCUGAAAACAAUGUAAGAAUAUUUUUGGACGAAUUAAAACAAUUAAUGGAUAAAAUACGAGAAAAGGCUGGAACAAUAUUAACAGUUACAAACAGUGAUGAAGAAUCAAACAAAGAUUUAAUUGAUAUUAAUGAAGAAUCACUUUGUGAUGCUUUAGGUCUUAAUCCAGGUUUAUAUAAAAUUAACAAUGAAGCUCUGAAAAAGGUUGAUACUUCUAUUUGUACUACUUAUGAGAAUGGAGAACCACCUCUUAAACUUCAGAAGACAGAUAAUUCUGAAGAUGCUAAGGAUAAUAUGGAAGAGCGAAUGUCUAGUGGUUUUUCUGAAAGUUCAGAUCUCAGUGUUUCAGACUUUUUAAGUGAUAGAAGAAGUGACUCUGUAACAAAUCCUACUUGUCCAGAGGUGCUAUCAGCUUUAACAUUAAUGCGAAGAAAUCCUAGUCCUGUGAAUAAUGCAGAGAAUAAUAAAUCUAACAAUGUAUCUAAACUUUUAAUUUCAAAUCCAGAGAUUCAAAGUCAAAUUUCAGAUAAUCCUGGAUUUCAAAAGGUGGAUAUUACUUUACCCAAAGUUUCGAAUUAUCAAAAAACAGAGUCUCAUAAAGAGAAUUUUACAAAACUAGGAAACAGCUUAGGAUCGUCAAAUUUUUGUAAAAUUGAAGAUAAUUAUGAGCAAUCUAAGAUAGAUCAUAUGGAACAAGCUUUCAUAAAAUUAGAACCAACGGAGCAAGGUUUUGUUAAAUUAGAAAAUGGUUCCAUGGAAACUUAUACAAAGCAAGAGACUCAAAAUUUUGAUAAAAUGCAAAAUGGUUUGAACAGCAUGGAAAAUGGAUCUCAGAAUUUUGUUAAAGGAUUCCAAAAACUGGUUUCUAAAAUAAUUCCUAUGACUUCAUCAGAUAUAAAUUGUGUUAAAACUCAAUCUGCAUCAUUAGAUACAGGUUCUUGCAAAAUAAUGCCUGCUACUUCUGGUUGCAAAAUUUCAGAUAAUCUACCUAUGCUUCAAGAUGCAGUACCAAUAAUUUCUAGUAAUUGUGAUACUAGUAUAUUUGGCAGUUCAGAAAAUUUAGAUAUGUCAAAAAUAACUCAGUAUGAUCACAUAGCACAUUUAGACAUUUUAAAUACAAGUGGAGUAAUAGAUAAAAACUUAUUAAUUGAUGAAAAAUUAGUAGAACAAUUGCAUCUAGUAGAUCAAUCAAAUUUAGUCGAUGAAUUAGUAUCUGAACGAUUGAAAAAUAUCAUGCCAGAUAAUAUUUUAGAAAACAAUUUGAUAUCAAAUAAUUCAAAUUUAGAUACAGAUCUUGAUUUUGAAGCAUUAAGUGAAGAAUUUAAUAGAAAUACUAGAAGUUGA